GGAAAAUUAGCAUAAAAUUUUAUUUAGCUAAAAAAGCAAAUUUCUGAAAAAAUUCAAUAAAAAAAUUAUCCUAUUUAGGUAGCAGGGGGAAGGAAAAGUGUCUGUGCAUUUUGAAAUAAUAUAAAGUUGUGCGCAUGGUUUCGUGUAGAGCUUUAUGUAAAAAAAAAGAAAGAAACACAAAUAACUACGUACAGAAAAGUUCUGAAAGCCUUGAAAAUACAUGCACAGGGAAAUUCAAUUUUAGCUUGAACGGAUUGUUGGCUGGCUUACCCACUCGCGUUGAGUGUUGUUUACACUGACCCGGAUUUUAUAAUCACUAACGGUUUUCUUUUAAAUUAACGUUCGUAGCGACACCUAACUGCGACUAUUUUUGUAAUUUAAGAUUACGUGCACAAAGGUUAUAGUGUAGACAUACGUGUAUACCGGCUGGUGUAACUUCAUAAAUUCAAAUAUCGAAAUUUGCACGCAUAACAGUGAGAUUAUUGUUUCUGCUGAUAUGUAUCCCUCUCUGCCAAAAUAUGUAAGGUCUUCCGCUCAACAACAACAAAUGCCAACGCCCAGUCAACAUCAGCAUAAAUUCGGUGGUAAUGGUGCCAAUGCCAGCCAUACGUUUAGUUCGACCAUGCAAACGGUUCCGUAUGCAUUGCCUAUUAGUAGUGGUGCCUUCGCUUCGCAAUAUUCCAAUUUGCCGAAAUCUUAUGGUGCCAGCGGGGUAACCGUGCAAAGAUCCCAUUCUGCCGCCAACACAGAUAUGUGCCGUACUUAUUGGGGUCAUAAUCAUGCAUCCACGAUGCUUUAUCGCUCUGAUCGUCAUCACAGCAAACGCAAAUCGGCGGUAGAAUUAUUGGCCGAAAGUAAGCAAUAUUUUGUAAAGUCGGAUAUGGUUAUUGAUCGCUCAAAUUACGGUGGAAACACGUUGCUUAUGGCUAGCGGUAAAAGAGGACGCAAUGUUAAUAGUAAUAUUACAUUGGACGAAGGCAAAUAUAAUCCUGGUUAUGUAGACACGAAUUAUGUGAGUAGUGCAGAAGUGGACCGUCGUUGCAGCUCAUCGGUCCCUUCGGUACAUCAUAGGCGAUCUUCUCACGUUCAUCAUCAUCACAGGCAUAAUCAUGCAAAUACUGGAUGUCGUGGCACAAAUGCUGCGGCAUCACCUGCUGGCAGCACUAUGUAUCGCGGAAAAUUUCGUAUAAUGGUGGGCUCAGAUCCAAAUCCCGGACGCGAUUGUCUAACAAGAUUCAAAUCAGAUUCAUAUACCGAAACUAUCGGUUUGAACGAGACAAAAUCGGUUUCAUUUGAAGAGGAUGUCGCCAUCAGACUACCCCCACCCCCUCUGUAUUUUUCACAACCGACCACCUACGCCAACAUUUAUGACAGUGGUGAUGAGCCUUUGGUUUUAACCGAAAACUAUCGACCUAUUAGUCCACCGGCCGAAUAUGCUGAAGAGCCUGCUACCAAUCCUAACACUAUGAGAGUUCGGUACAAUUAUCAACGAUCUUAUUCCCAUUCCCAUGAAAUGGCCAAUGGAAAAACCAAGCACACUGCCACUUCUUACAAUAUUAACAGUCACAAAUCCCUGCCCGAUUUGCAUACGCAAAUCAAUCGUCAUUCGCCGCAUAGUGAAAUAUUGAGUUGUUGUAGUCGUGGUAAUCGUUCAAUUAAAUCAACAGGAGAAUCUUCUCUUAAUCGUGACUCGGGUGGUUCGUCGGGUCAUUAUACCCAUCGUAGCGAGCCUUGCUAUCGUCAGUAUCGAGAAUUAGAGCGGGAUUUUACUAACGGUUCAAAAAAAUACUGCAGUGCAACAACACGAGUCGAAUACCGGCGCGAUAGCGGUUCUUCCACACAGCACAGCAACACAUCCUAUUGCGAUUAUGCUUGCAAAAAUUUGAUGAUUGAUAAUUAUGAUUCGAAUGAUUAUUUACUUAAUUUUACUACUCCCGAAGUGCCAGAAGCCUUUCAGGAUGAUUAUAUACCGCCCGCUAAUAGUCGUCUACAAACUUAUUCAACAAAUGAAACUCGCUAUAGUUAUAGUUCCUCCAUACAACCGAUGAUGGGUAGCAGCCAAGGCUAUAUGAAACAUAAAUCAAUGUCCGAUGAGCCUAUAGUGCAAUCACCUGGUUCUGCACCAUCCAUAGAGGAUAUAAGCCCUCCGCCAAUACAAUUUAAACGUCAGAAAUGCAUACGUUUCAAAAAUCAUAAUCGUAUAUCGUUGCCGCAACCGGCGGCGGUCGCAAAUGUCAACGAACACACCCAGAACUCGUAUCGACGUUCGGAUCCAACUCGGUAUUUCUUUCCGAAAUGUUUUUCAGCCGAGGAAUAUCCCAUUAACGCUACCAAAAUUACUACCAUCCAUCAACCUUAUGCCCACAAAGAUAUCAAAGAUCAAUUGGCCUCUAAAACUCCUCUCAGACAUUCUCAAGAAUUUGAAAGCAAUAAGGAGACAUCAUCGGUUUUAAUGGACUUGGAGCAAUUUUUCGAUCGUUUAGGUUUGCAAGACGAUAAGUUUCACGAAAUUUAUACCAUCAAUAAACGAAGACACAGUGCCGACACAGCGGAAUCGGAUAACAGCACUGUAUUCUUUUCGGAUGUUAGUACAGUGGACUCAAUGCGUUUACCGGACAGUACCGAAACUCAACCGCAAACAACCCAAGCGUAUAGACCAUCGGAACCCCCAUCAAUUGUUGAACGCAAUGCACGCAUAAUUAAAUGGCUAUGCAACAUACGUAAAGCGCAAGGUGAUAUGGUGUAGAAAUAUGAGAGGCUUAGCAGCAGCUAUAGAAUAAAAAGAAUUGUAAGUCUAAGGGAUUCACUCGUGUAAUAAUGUAAAGAAGAAUGUGAAAACGUGACAAUAUCACUCAUAGUCGAUUUAUCUGUGGACAUUUUAAUAAAGAUUCAUAUAAGGGGAGCGGUCGUCGUGUAUAUAGAACAGGUUAUGUAUGAGACGAGAAACCCUAGAAUAUGAGAAAAUGCAAAAAUAGUGAACACAGUUGUAAAAAUAAUGGUAGACUCUAUAAAUAAAGAUGAAUGAAGUAGACAAUAGACGUGGAUAUAUUCCGCAUAUUCAUACAUAUAUACGAGUGCAUA